AUGGCUGAAAACGGAAAUGGUAAUGGCCACGGCACCGGCAACGGCGAGGUGACGUUUAUGACGAAGGGUCGGAAUGGAUUGGCUAAGAUCCAUACUCAUCGGAAAGAGACCGGCGGGAUAUGUCACGACGAUAGUGCCACGCCGGUGAAAGCUCAGACGAUCGAUGAACUUCAUUCUCUUCAGAGGAAGAAAUCUGCACCUACUACUCCGAUCAUUCCCACCACCGUCCACGGCGGCGUUUCUCCUCUCAAAACAGAGGAGCAACGACACAAACAACAACUUCAAUCUAUCAGUGCAUCUUUGGCAUCUUAUGUGAGGGAGACGGGUCCCAAAUUGGUUAAGGGAGAUCCGGCUAGAAAAACCGAAACCCCAAAUAUAUCGCACGUGUCUCAUCACCACCAUCACGUGACCCCUACCAUCAGCGUUAGUGAUAGCUCUCUCAAGUUCACUCACGUCCUCUAUAACCUUUCACCAGCUGAACUAUAUGAACAAGCCAUUAAGUACGAGAAAGGUUCAUUCAUAACGUCAAGUGGCGCUCUAGCGACUCUGUCGGGUGCGAAAACCGGCAGAUCGCCAAAGGAUAAACGUGUUGUAAGAGAUGAAACGACAGAGGAUGUUCUUUGGUGGGGAAAAGGUUCUCCCAAUAUUGAAAUGGACGAACAUACGUUCAUGGUUAAUAGAGAAAGAGCCGUGGAUUACUUAAACUCAUUGGACAAGGUUUAUGUUAAUGAUCAGUUCUUGAAUUGGGAUCCAGAGAAUCAAAUUAAAGUUCGUAUUGUUUCUGCCAGGGCUUAUCAUUCAUUGUUUAUGCAUAACAUGUGUAUCCGACCCACUCCUGAAGAGUUGGAGGAUUUUGGUACUCCGGAUUUCACAAUAUACAAUGCUGGACAGUUUCCGUGUAAUCGUUAUACACAUUACAUGACCUCGUCUACUAGUAUCGAUAUGAAUUUGGGUCGUCGAGAAAUGGUGAUUCUCGGGACUCAGUAUGCAGGGGAGAUGAAGAAGGGUUUAUUCAGUUUGAUGCAUUAUCUCAUGCCUAUGCGUCAAAUUCUCUCUUUGCAUUCGGGUUGUAAUAUGGGCAAGAGUGGAGAUGUUGCACUCUUCUUUGGGCUGUCGGGAACUGGAAAGACGACACUCUCCACCGAUCACAAUAGGUAUUUGAUUGGUGACGAUGAACAUUGUUGGAGCGACAAUGGUGUGUCUAAUAUCGAGGGAGGUUGCUAUGCUAAGUGCAUUGAUCUCUCCAAGGAUAAGGAACCAGAUAUCUUCAAUGCUAUCAAAUUUGGAACUGUAUUGGAAAAUGUUGUGUUCGAAGAACAUAUCCGGGAGGUGGAUUACUCUGAUAAAUCUGUGACAGAGAAUACUCGUGCUGCUUACCCGAUCGAGUUCAUCCCCAAUGCGAAGAUACCGUGUGUUGGACCCCAUCCUAAGAACGUGAUAUUGUUAGCUUGCGAUGCAUUCGGGGUUCUACCACCUGUCAGCAAGCUUAACCUGGCUCAGACCAUGUACCAUUUCAUUAGUGGCUAUACUGCAUUGGUGGCUGGGACUGAAGAUGGAAUUAAGGAACCACAGGCUACAUUUUCAGCAUGUUUUGGAGCUGCUUUUAUUAUGAUGCAUCCAACCAAAUAUGCAGCCAUGUUAGCGACCAAAAUGCUGAAACAUGGUGCGACAGGAUGGCUAGUUAACACCGGAUGGUCUGCUGGAAGUUAUGGUUCAGGUAAUCGAAUCAAGUUGGCAUACACGCGUAAAAUAAUUGACGCGAUUCACUCUGGUAGCCUCUUGAAGGCGAGUUAUAAGAAAACAGAAGUGUUUGGGCUGGAGAUUCCUAACGAGGUGGAGGGUGUGCCGGUGGAGAUUCUGGAUCCGAUUAACACUUGGUCUGAUAAGAAGGCUUAUAAGGAAACAUUGAUGAAGUUGGCUGGUCUAUUUAAGAACAAUUUUGAGGUUUUUACUGAUCAUAAGAUUGGUAAAGAUGAUGAACUGACUGAAGAAAUACUUGGAGCUGGUCCUAAUUUCUGAAACAAGAUUAUUAAUAAUGAUGUCUGAAAAAAAAAAAAAAAAAAAGGAGGAAGUCGUUUUAUUAUCUGA